GACACCCGCCAUUUUGCUAGAGUGCGCUGGACCAAAGGAGUUAAAAGAGCAGCAUCUUAGUGAACGUUAAUGUUGUAAGAGAAAUGGCAUUUUUUCAACUGGCUUUGAAAGCCAGGAGGCUGGAGAAAGCAAUGUUGAGAUAUCAGGACGAAAGAAUGAAUUCUAUUAGAGCUAUGGAGUCAAACAAAAUACGAUAUACUAUAUCUCAAAGGAUUCGAUAUAAGAAAUUCAUGUUUAGAAUGAAGAUGAAGGAAUGGUGGGACGGCGUCACUUCCUUCCCUGAAGAUUCAUGGCUUCAUGCGAAAGCUGUAUUGUUAAGAACGGAUGGUACUUUUGAGAAUUUUAUACUGAAGAGUAUUUUGGGAUUCAUUGGUGGCAUGCUGCUCACAUAUGUCUUCUUCAUGUUUUUCGUCUUUCAACUGAAUUUUACCUUAUCUUCGGCCACGAUGCUCUGUUCUAUUUUUGGAAUUGUACUGACUAUCGGACUUGCAUUUUCAUAUCGUGUUAGAUGCGUGGUCUUCUUGUUGCUUCCACAGUUUUUCUCAAAACGAGGACGACAAGCUUUGAUGGCAUAUGCCUUUAUUCUCGCAUUAACUGGACCUGCAAAGAACACUUUGCAUAAUACAGGAGUGUUGUCGGAGUCGUUGGCAUGUGGACAGGAGCAAUUGAAGGAAGCGGUAAAGACAAUUGUAGAUCUAGUUAAGCAGCCAUUUUAUGCUUUGAAAACUACCAUCACAAAAGUUAUUAAAUCUGUAAGAGUGGUUGUAAAAAAAAUUAAGGCAACUCUCAUUGCUCUGAAAAAAUUAGUCAUCAGUAUACUUAAAGUUAUCAAGAACGUCUUCCAGUGGUUGGGCAGUAUCGUGAAUGUCUGCAACAAGAAGUUAGGAACUCCGUUUGAAAGAUGCCAAAAAGUGUUCGAAGGAGCAGUGGCAGACUGCAGGGCUAGCCUCGGUCCCCUUUUUGGUGGAAUUUGCAAUCUUGCCUAUGUUGUUGGUCUCGUGUGUUAUGCUGUAAAACCUUUCGACUUCAUCUGCAUGCUGGUUUCCUAUGUUGCCGAUACCAUUGUUGGUUCUGUUCAGAGAAAGCUAGAGAAGUUCACCAAACACAUGGCUGCAAUGUUUUAUGUGAAGGUCAAGUUUUCCCAUGACUUCCACUUUGAGACGAACCAAAGUAAGAGUCUCGAGGAAAUCUCUACAGGAAUCGUCACUGAGAUCAGAUCAAGGACUGACAAGUUCUUAACUGUUUUCGAUUGGAUGAGCUUUGCAACUAGUUUUUUCAUACUAUUCAUGCUACUAAGAGUAAUUCACUACCGUCACAAAUGGCUGACAAAUGAACGUUUUGACAACAGAUAUUUAACGGAUGAUCUUAGAGAGAUAGAUUUGCGAAGAUCUCGAGAGAACAAGGAGACGGUUUUGCCACUAAACCCCAGAGAAAAGAGCAAGUACAUCCCUUUAACUUCAAUCACUCUUGUUAGAGUGGAAAAAAUUAAAUUGACCAAGUCUGCCGUCUUCCUAAGUCUGACUACAUUCAAGCUCUGCAUUCACAUGAUGGCAGAUUACAGUCUUUAUUGGGUUUUGAGUACUAUCAGAUAUCACGGAAGGUUUGAGACCAAAAUACAGAGACCCAACUCUGUCGGAAUCAUUGUGACUGGAAAUGGAUACCUCGCAGAUUUAUAUAGGAGUAUUAUCUCAGCAUUUUCUCCAAUGGAUACAGAAAUGCAAAUUGACAGUAUGCCAUGUCUUCCUGAUCCUGUUCCUCCAGAUCUUGAUAGAUACACUCAAAUCAUUUCAUUGAUAGUCUUCUGCUGGAUCAUGGCAGUCUUUGAACCCUAUGGGUUGAGACUCCGACAUGUCGUUAUGAGUUACUAUCAUCCAGAUAGAGCGAAGCAAAGGGCGGUCUGGCUGUACAAUCAUAUUAUUAGAUCUAGAAGUAGUUUUUUAAAGUUUGCAAGAAGACAAUUGCGUAGAAAGUUUGGCAUGGCUGGUUCCAAGGAUGUCGAGCAAGUGACUUUGAGAGAACGCUUUGCUGCUACUUGUCCUAUUUUUGGAAAAUAUUUCCGACACAAGGAAAAUUUAUGUCUUCUCUGUGGAUCCCAGGAACGGGAAGAUAAUGUACCUCAUAUAAAAUGCCCGACUCCAGGAUGUGUGGGCCUGUUUUGUGUACAGUGCUUCGCUGAUUUACAAAAUACUUGCACGAUUUGUAAAUCACCUCUCGAUUAUGGAGAUCUAUCAGAUAUGAGUGAAGAAAAAGAUUCCUCGGAUAUGGAGGAUUUUGGAAAAAUUCCUCGUUCAAAGGAAUUGAAGUCAACGGAAGAAGUUAGGAAAGAUGAGAUGACAUCGGAAACAGAACUUCUAUCUAGAGAAGAUAAUGAAAUAAAAAAAGAGUUAAAAGAUGCCGAGGUUGAACAAAUGGAAGAUGAUUUUAGUUCAGACUCGUCCGGAAAAUAUAGUUAUGGUUACCAGGAAGGACCCCCUACAGAACUUGAUCUUCGAUGUCAGCGAAUUCCAUAUAGAGACAUCGAGGCUCAAAAAGUCAGAGAUGAUGUUACUAUACAGAUUUUUAAUGAACCUAUUUCGAGUUAUGACAGUUCCGGCAGUGUGGACCCAACGUCUUGUUUCAUGAUAAGGGCCCGAAGAAAACUCAGGGCAAAGUUGAAGAGAAAAUCUAUUUCAUCUCCUCGUAAAGAAUCUUCCAGUUCAUCGACAUCGAUAGCAGAUACAGAGUCGCUUCCCACUGAAGAAAUAGAUGAAGAAGAAGUGAUACAGAUUGAAGUUGAAGACAAACCUAAUCAUUCGUAUCAAGAAGGCUACAAAUCGAAAGAGGAAAGGAAGCUGCAUCGGACAAAGAAAAUUAUUGCUGCCCUGUCAAAAGUGUCAUGGUUGGGGGGAAAAAAAGGUGAUUCUAAAGAGACAAAGAAGGAAAAAAAACCCUCGCUGAUGAAGAAAAUAGUCAACAUGCUCUGUGUCAAACAAUCUGCCUUCCCAUUACAAACUUAUAGGCGGAUUCGAACAGUAAAGAGUGACACUGAAGAAGUUUACGAACAACAACAUCCACCGAUGUCUUCAUCGUCUUCUACUGUUUCUUUGGACGAUUACGAAGAAACGCGAAAUUUAUUGGAUUACUCUAGAUCGAGGCACUCGGAUGAGUUGUCACCAGUAAAAAGACAUUCCAGUGAUUACGAUGAGGAUUAUUGUAAAACUUAUGAUUCUCACAGAGAUCAUCGGAGAAAAAUGUCAAGAAGACACGAUGAUAAUCAUUGGAGAAUGAAAUAUCCUCAUGAAAGGAAGUUUCCUACGAGGGAAUUACCCAGACAUUUAAAAUCGAUUUCUGAAGAUACUAUAUACACAGAGAUCGAUGAGAAGAACGAACAGAGGUUCGCAGAUGUAGGAAUGUCCUUCGAGUCUAGUGAAAAUAUUAGCAAUUUGAAUACUCAAAGAACUCCAAGAAUUGUCCAGUGUCGAGGUAAUAUCAGAGAAAUAGAAGAAGACAACGGAGACGAAAUUUCGUUAUCUAAUAGCGACCGAAAAGAAAAUUCUACUUUUCGAGGAGAGACUGAAGAAUAUGUCGAUGUUACUGGCUUGUCUAGUUUUCCUUCAGAUCAGAAACUAUACGUUCGAGGAAAGAAGAGGAAAAUCAGUGAAUUAAACUAUUUAAAAGGUAAUAAUAGAAGAUCAUCUGCAUCUUCAAGAAGGAUGAGUGGAGGAGCUGCGGAAAGAAAAGCGAAGAGAAACAGGAAGGGAAGUGAUUUUGAUAACAGGAAGAAGAAAGUUGAUCAGAAGUCUGAUGUUCCGGAUCUGUAUGACCCUUACGCAGGUCUGGAAUUACUUGAUGAAAGGUACUCAUCAGGGCCUAAAAAUUAUGCAGAAGAUACGAAGAAAAGUGAUACAGAUGGCCGUAGGAGCGAAGGAAAGAGUAAGAAGCACAAAAGGCAAAAGAUAAGGAUAAUGCCAAGUACGAGGGACGAAGGGGUAGGGUCUGAAAAUAUUAAAGAUACGGCGGACAGCGAGCUCGAUGAAAAAUCGGAAGUAAAGCCUUUAAAAAUGGACAAAUCUACGGAUUUGCCAGAUAGAGCUGAAGAAACGCAGACCCAAUGGUCUCAGGAUGAGACAGAAAUGUCUUCGACAACUCGCACCGAAGGCACUUCUACAUGGACUGGAAGUACUGAUGAUAAAUAUGUGGAUGCCACUUCGUCAAGACGAAAAAGGAAAAGAAGACGUAAACGAAGAGAUAGAAGACGAGGAAAAAAAUCAAGAGACAAUAUCGAUGACUACGGAGAAUAUUACUGCGAGCUGAGAACUUCUCCUUCAAGAAAUCUACCAACACGAAGUGGCAGAAAAGAAGACUCGCGAAAAAUGCGAAGCAGAGCUUCUAAAAAGCAAAGAAAAAAUGUAGGUGGAACUUAUGAAAGAAUUUCAGAUAAUGAAACACGACCUCGACAUUGCUCUGAAGAGUGUAGGCACCUCGAUUAUCACCCUGAAGAAAAACUUUUGCAGCAUCGAACAACUGAAGACUAUACAAAAUUAAGGCAUGAUGCCUAUCGAUGUGAUUUUAGAUAUGAUUCCGAAGAGUGGCAUGAUAAUAGUCUACGAUGCUUAUGUGAGACAAAUAGGAAAAUCCUAAGACCUCGUGUUGAUUAUAGAAGGUCAAGAAAUAUCCCGGAAGUACCAGUUCAUUAUCCUCCGAGACAUCAAAGAUAUGAGACUCGCAAUUAUUCAAGGAAACAUGACAUCCCAGUGCUACGAAAGUAUCUACCAAUGUUCCAAACUCCAGGAUUAAUUGAGGAGCUCAAAGAACACGACAGAAUAAAAUUGAUACAAGCUCGAGAAGUUAAAGAAAUUGACGUCGAAGCGAGAAGGGAUUCUCCAGGAAGUCCAAGACUCACUGAAGAAGAAUCCCCAGGACAUCGCGAAGCUUUCCUAAAAUCCUCCAGGGAUCAUGGACAUACUCUUCCGUAUCAAGAAACUCAGGCGUUCAAAGAUUUGGUACAUGAGUAUCGUCAAAAGGCUCAGCCCGAAGAGGAUCCUCAAGAAACUGAACCGUUAGUAUCGGCUUCUGAAGAUAUCGAAGGAAACAAAGAUGUGAAACAGCUUUUCCCCAAAGAAGAAAAGAAGCAAAAAGGCAGUACCAUUUCAAAGAUCACGAACAAGAUACUCAGAAUAUUCAAGUCAAGCAAGCAGAAAACACAGCGGAAGUGCAGAGGGUGUUCCAGCAUAAGUGCAGUUCGCAUGGAAGAGUGGUCUACCGAGGAUCAGCUGUUCACCAGCGAAUCGGCUAGUGAGAUGUCAUCUCCAGUGUCACAGCAUCCGAAGAGAAAAGUGACCAGCAGGUCGCCUUCCAGGAAAAUUGGGGACACUCAAGAAGAGAGCGAAACACCUCGGUGAUUUCAGGAUGCCAACUUUGGUCGA